AUGGCCACCCUCACAGAGAGGCAGAAAAAGCUUCCGAAAAGCUUUAUCGGCCUUCACACUAUUGAGAAUGCGGAGCCAUCAGUUGUCAAAGAUUUUGUCAUCCAGCACGAAGGUCACACGGUUAUCAGAAAGGUGUUGAUUGCCAACAAUGGUAUUGCUGCCGUUAAAGAGCUCAGAUCUGUUCGUAAAUGGGCUUAUGAAACGUUUGGGGAUGAGCAUGCCAUUCAAUUUGUAGCCAUGGCUACCCCCGAGGAUAUCAAGGCAAAUGCAGAGUAUAUCAGAAUGGCUGACGAGUAUGUUGAGGUUCCAGGUGGUACGAACAACAACAACUAUGCCAACGUUGAUUUGAUUGUUGAGCUUGCCGAGAGAACCAAUUCCGAUGCAGUUUGGGCUGGUUGGGGUCAUGCUUCGGAAAACCCUGAACUACCAGAAAAGCUUGCUGCUUCCUCACGCAAAAUCAUCUUUAUUGGUCCACCCGCAUCAGCCAUGAGGUCCCUUGGUGACAAGAUUUCUUCCACAAUCGUUGCUCAGAAUGCUCAUGUCCCAACGAUUCCAUGGUCUGGAUCUGGUGUUAGCAACGUGGUGGUUAAUCCAGAAACCGGAUUAGUUUCCGUUGAUGACGAGACAUAUGCCAAGGGCUGUUGUACUAGUCCUGAGGAUGGUUUGAAGAAGGCCCAAAAAAUUGGCUUUCCUGUUAUGAUCAAGGCCUCCGAAGGUGGUGGUGGUAAGGGUAUUCGUAUGGUUGAUAAUCCUGAUGACUUUAUUACACUCUAUCACCAGGCAUCAGCCGAGAUUCCGGGCUCCCCGAUUUUUGUUAUGCGAUUGGCUUCUCAUGCCAGACACUUGGAGGUCCAGUUGUUGGCAGAUGAGUACGGAACCGAUAUUUCGUUGUUUGGAAGAGAUUGUUCGGUUCAGAGAAGGCAUCAAAAGAUUAUGGAGGAGGCUCCGGUCACUAUUGCAAGGCCAGAGACUUUUCAUGAGAUGGAACAAGCCGCAAUUCGUUUAGGAAGACUUGUUGGUUAUGUUUCUGCCGGUACUGUCGAGUAUCUGUACUCUCACGACGAAGAUAAGUUUUACUUUCUUGAGUUGAAUCCUAGAUUGCAAGUUGAGCAUCCAACAACCGAAAUGGUUUCCGGUGUUAACUUACCUGUUGCUCAGUUACAAAUUGCUAUGGGUAUACCAAUGCACCUUCUUGAAGAUAUCCGGUUACUUUACGGUGUUGACCCGCACACUUCUACCCCAAUUGAUUUCGAGUUCAAGGAUCCAAACAGUCUCAAAACUCAGAGAAAACCUGUUCCAAAGGGACACUGUACUGCUUGUCGUAUCACAUCUGAGGAUCCUAGUGAAGGUUUCAAGCCAUCUGGUGGUACAUUGUACGAACUCAACUUUAGAUCAUCCUCAAACGUCUGGGGUUAUUUCUCUGUUGUUCCUACGUCUUCAAUUCAUUCGUUUUCGGACUCACAGUUUGGUCAUAUUUUUGCGUUUGGAGAAAACAGAGAGGCUUCCAGAAAGCAUAUGGUUGUUGCUUUGAAAGAACUGUCUAUUCGCGGUGAUUUCAGAACUACCACUGAAUACCUUAUUCGACUUUUGGAGACACCGGCCUUUUCUGGUAAUACUAUGACGACGGCCUGGUUGGAUGAAUUAAUUUCGAAGAAGUUGACGGCCGAACGUCCGGAUCAGUUUAUUGCUGUCAUUUGCGGCGCUGUUGUGAAGGCUUACCAGCAGUCUUGCGCAUGCAGAAAGAAGUAUGUGGCUUCAUUGGAAAAGGGUCAGGUUCCUUCAAAGGAGUUACUGAAGACAAUGUUCAAUAUUGAAUUUAUCUAUGAGGGUAACAAGUACAAGUUCACUGUUGCUAAAGCUGGACUUGGAGUUUACAUGUUGUUUAUUAAUGGCUCCCGUUGUGAGGUCAAUGCUAAGCAUUUGAGUGAUGGAGGUCUUCUUCUUUCUCUGGGAGGAAAAUCGCACGCUGUGUACUGGAAGGAUGAGGUUGCUUCCACUAGGGUUUCAAUUGAUGGAAAGACGUGCCAGUUAGAGGAAGAGAAUGAUCCUACACAGUUGCGGACACCUUCUCCAGGUAAGCUAACUAAGUUUCUAGUUGAGAAUGGUGACCAUGUCAACGCAGGUGAACCGUUUGCUGAGGUUGAAGUGAUGAAAAUGUGUAUGCCUUUGGUGGCUCAGGAGAAUGGUACUGUUCAGCUUUUGAAGCAGCCUGGAAGUACUGUGAAGGCUGGAGAUAUUCUUGCAAUUUUGGCUCUGGACGAUCCAUCAAAGGUCAAACAUGCAAUGUCAUUCGAGGGAACUUUGCCUGACUAUGGUACUCCACUUAUCGAGGGAACACAAUCUGUGCAUAGAUACCACAAGUAUUUAUCUAUCUUAAGAAAUAUCUUGGCCGGAUAUGACGAUCAAAUGGUUAUGGAUUCGACCAUCAGAAAUCUGGUUGAAGUUCUUAGGGAAAAGGAUCUUCCAUAUUCCGAGUGGAACCACAAGAUUUCUGCUUUGCACAGCAGACUUCCUCCAAAGCUUGACCAGUCCCUUGGAGAGUUGGUGGACAGAUCUCAAAAGCGUUCUGCAGAAUUCCCAGCUCGUCAGGUCUUGAAGAUGUUUGAGAAAUCUAAAACCGAUGUUCCUAAAGAAGACUUGUUGAUAUUCUCCCAGGUGAUUGCCCCUCUGGUUGAAAUUGCCGAUGCUUACAAAGACGGAUUGGUUGCCCAUGAAUUUACCACAUUUGCCGACUUGCUUAAAGAGUACUACAGGGUUGAAUCCAUGUUUUCUUCUUCUAAGCCACGGACUGAAGAAGUCAUUCUUGCUCUCAGAAAUAAGUAUAACAAUGACCUCAACCAGGUUGUGAAUGUUGCACUUUCCCACUCCAGAAUUGCCGCUAAAAACAAUCUCAUUAUUGCUAUUAUCGAUUUCUACCAGCCAGUUUUGCAGGAAUCGCCUGUCGCCGUUCAGAUUUUUAAGCCUGUUCUUAAGAAGUUUGUUGAUUUGGAAAGCAGAACUACUGCUAAGGCCACUCUAAGGGCCCGUGAGAUUUUGAUUCAAUGUUCGAUGCCUUCUAUUAAAGAACGCUGUGAUCAGCUGGAGCACAUCUUAAAGUCAUCUGUGAUCACCAACAAGUAUGAGGGCUCAAUGGUGGCAGAGCAUAAGAUGCCUGAUGAUUCUGUCCUUCGCGAUAUUAUUGAUUCUAAGUACACUGUUUUCGAUGUUCUUACUCAAUUCCUGACAUCCGCCGAUCCAUGGGUUGCUGCUGCUGCUGCCGAGGUUUACAUUCGUCGCGCUUAUCGAGCAUAUUCCGUUACUGAAGUGAAGCAUUUAGUCUCCGAUAAGAAUAUUGCUGCGAGUAAUGUGCCUGUUGCCCUUUGGAAAUUUCAGCUUCCAAGUCUUGCUACUUCUCAAUAUAAUGCUGUUCCUCCUGCACUCAGGAAGCCUACAGCAUCCCAAAGUAUGAACCGUGCCGUCUCUGUUUCAGAUCUUACCUUCAUGAUUAGCAAAAAUGAUAAACAGCCUUUGAGAACUGGUGUUCUGGUUUCUGCCCCUCAUUUGGAUGAUGCUGAAGAGGCUCUUUCGAAGGGUCUCUUGGAGCUUAAGAGCAGUACUUCUGAAUCUUCACUUAUCAAUGUCUGUAAUGUUGUUAUCAAUUCUACAGAUGGCUAUAUUGACCAAGAGCAUGUUUUGUCACGUAUGAGGGAGAUUGUUGAUGAUAAUAGAGCUGAUCUCAACGGUGCUCGGAUUAGAAGAAUCACUUUUGUUCUUGGUGAUAAGGCUGGCUGCUAUCCGAAGUAUUAUACUUUCAAAACUUCGUCACCUGCCAAACCGUAUGUUGAAGAUCAGGUUAUUCGCCAUAUUGAGCCAGCUUUGGCUUAUCAGCUUGAGUUGGGCCGUCUUUCGAAUUUCAAUAUUAAGCUCAUCCCAACUGAUAAUCGGAACAUUCAUGUUUACGAGGCCGUGGCAAAGAAUUCUGCUGGUGUUGACAAGCGGUAUUUUACCAGAGGCAUUAUCAGAACUGGUUCCAUAAGGGAUGAUAUUACUGCUCCGGAAUAUCUUAUUUCAGAGGCUCAUAGACUUAUCUCUGAUAUUCUCGACACUUUGGAAGUGUUGGAUACUUCUAACACAGAUAUGAAUCAUAUUUUCAUUAACUUUUCUGCCGUGUUCAACAUCACCCCAGAGGAUGUGGAGAAUGCGUUUGGAGGAUUUUUGGAGAGAUUCGGAAGAAGACUAUGGAGACUCCGUGUCACGGGUGCAGAAAUACGUAUUAUGUGCACUGACCCUGAAACUGGUGUUCCAUUCCCAUUGCGUGCUGUCAUUAAUAACGUUAGUGGUUACGUUGUGAAGUCGGAGUUAUAUGUUGAGGAAAGAAACAGCAAAGGCGAAUGGAUUUUCAAGUCAAUUGGAGCCCCGGGCUCAAUGCAUAUGCGUCCAAUCUCCACCCCAUACCCAACUAAGGAAUGGCUUCAGCCAAAGAGGCAAAAGGCACACAGCAUGGGAACAACGUAUGUGUAUGACUUCCCUGAGUUAUUCAGACAGGCUCUUUCUGAUCAAUGGAAGAAGGUUGAUGCCGGAAUGAAAUUUAAAGACAAUUUCCUUACUUAUGAGGAAUUGAUUCUUGAUGAAUCUGGAGAGCUAACAACUGUUUCUCGUGAACCGGGGGCCAAUACUAUUGGCAUGGUGGCCUUCCUUGUUACUGCUAAGACACCUGAAUAUUCAAAAGGCCGUCAAUUCAUUAUUGUUGCUAAUGAUAUUACAUUCCAAAUUGGUUCCUUCGGGCCUAAGGAGGAUUCUUUCUUUGAAAAAGUGACGAAGAAAGCCGAAAAAUUGGGAAUUCCUCGAAUCUACUUGGCUGCGAACUCUGGUGCUCGUAUUGGAAUUGCUGAAGAACUUCUUCCAUUCUAUAAAGUUGCCUGGUUGGAUCACAAAGAUCCAUCAAAGGGAUUCAGCUACUUGUAUCUAACUGAUGAUGAUAAAAAGGCGUUAGAAAAGGAGGAUAAGUGGAAUUCGGUUGUUGUCGACAAGAUAGUCGAAGAUGGAGAAACUCGUUAUAUCAUUAAAGCCAUUAUUGGAGCUGAGGAUGGUCUUGGUGUUGAAUGUUUAAGAGGCUCUGGCUUGAUUGCUGGUGCCACUUCACGUGCAUAUAAGGACAUCUUUACUAUUACCUUGGUUACUUGCAGAAGUGUCGGCAUUGGUGCUUAUUUGGUCCGCUUAGGCGAGAGAUCCAUUCAAGUUGAAGGUCAACCAAUUAUUUUGACUGGUGCUAGGGCUAUCAACAAAUUGCUUGGACGUGAAGUUUACGCUUCAAAUUUGCAAUUAGGUGGUACUCAGAUUAUGUAUACCAACGGUGUCUCUCAUUUGACUGCUGUUGAUGAUCUUUCUGGUGUUCAAAAGAUUCUGAAGUGGUUAUCUUAUAUUCCAUCGAAACGAGGUGUCCCUGUUCCAGUUUUUGUUGAUCCUAAAGAUCCAUGGGACAGAGCCAUUGAUUUUAAGCCUGUGGCCGAUGAACUUUAUGAUGCUAAAUGGCUUAUUGAAGGUCGUAGCACUGAAGAUGGAUUUGAGUAUGGUAUGUUCGAUAAAGACUCUUUCCAAGAAACACUUUCCGGUUGGGCACGUGGUGUUGUUGUUGGUAGAGCUCGUUUGGGAGGUAUUCCGAUGGGUGUGAUUGCUGUUAAUCCUAAGACGGUUCAGAAUUUGAUUCCAGCUGAUCCAGCCAAUCCUAAAUCAACUGAGUUGUUGGUUCAAGAAGCCGGUCAGGUUUGGUAUCCAAACUCUGCAUUUAAGACUGCCCAGGCUAUUAAUGAUUUUAACUAUGGUGAACAAUUGCCAUUAAUGGUUUUGGCCAAUUGGCGUGGCUUCUCCGGUGGUCAAAGGGAUAUGUAUAAUGAAGUGUUGAAGUAUGGUUCUUACAUUGUGGAUGCUUUCGUUAACUACAAACAGCCUAUAUUUGUCUACAUCCCUCCUACUGGAGAGCUUCGUGGUGGUUCAUGGGUUGUUCUUGAUCCAACCAUCAAUCCAAAUAUGAUGGAAAUGUAUGCGGAUGUGGAAUCACGUGCUGGUGUUCUUGAACCAGCAGGUCUUGUUGGUAUUAAGUACAGGGAAAAUAAACUUCUGAAGACAAUGGAUCGUCUUGAUGGUCAAUGUCGCGAGUACUCUACAAAGCUACAAUCCUCUGACAUUUCGGAUACAGAAAAGGCAGAGAUAACGAAGAAGUUAAAUGAUCGUCAUUAUCAUUUGAUGCCUAUCUAUAAGCAAGUGUCAAUUCAAUUUGCAGAUUUGCACGAUCGCUCAAACAGAAUGGUUGCCAAAGGUGUGAUUAGAAAGGAAUUGGAAUGGCGUGAAGCCAGAAGGUUCUUUUUCUGGAGAGUUAGAAGAAGAUUGAAUGAAGAGUAUUUGAUUAAACGUAUAUCAGAACAAGUUACGGACUCCACACGUCUCGAAAGGGUGGCUAGACUUAAUUCUUGGUUACCAUCAACGUUGAAUACAAAGAACGAUCGUGAGGUCGCCUUGUGGAUAGAAGAGAAUCACAAGAAUCUAGAAUCUCAGAUUAAGAAGUUGAAGGGUGAUGCUGUGAAACAAAAACUCGCACGUCUCUUCAAGAUCGAUCCAAAGCACACUGCCGAAGGAUUAGCAGAAAUAAUGUCGUUGCUUCCUGCUAAGCAGAAAGAGAAGAUCCUCAAGGGUCUUAAAUAA